UCUUCUUUAGCAGCCAGGAGAAGAUUGUGUCUGUUGACCAGUCAUCUCAGUCCAUAUAAGCACUUUACAAGAGCUACAAACUAACUUCGCUUGAUCCGGGACGACGGACAGCAGAAGUUGCCAAUCACCCUUUCCCUGCCGAACUCCCAAAACAAACCCACCAAUCCCGCUUUGAAGUGGAGGUUUCUGGAUGGAAAUAGCCAGCAUGGUGUGGUCGCUGUCCGCUGAGACCCACUCGGUGUUCUCUUCGGGGGAGACAGUCUGUCUUUAAGAACCUCAGUCACAUUCAGAAAAUUUACAAAGUUGAAAAUGGUUAUUAAAGUAUAUUUAGCUUCUUCCUCUGGAUCUACUGCGAUCAAGAAGAAGCAGCAGGAUGUGGUGGGGUUCCUGGAGGCUCUGAAGAUCGAGUACACGCCGCUGGACAUCGCCUGCAGCGAGGAGAACCGCAUGUGGAUGAGGGAGAACGUGCCCGGCGAGAAGAAGCCCACCAACGGCAUUCCGCUCCCGCCGCAGAUCUUCAACGAGGAGGGCUACUGCGGUGACUACGAAACAUUCUUUGAUGCCAAGGAGGACAAUCAGGUCUAUGCCUUCCUGGGUCUACCACCUCCACCUGGGUCAAAGGAGGCCCUGCAGGCCGAACAGGUCCCCCUUCAGAAUGGGACGGAUCCAGACCAGGAGCCGGAGGACACGCCAGAGGAGUGUAACGGGGUGGAGAAUGGCGAGUCUGAGGAGCUAGCUGGAGAGGAAGCCGCGGAGGAAGGAGGGGAGGAGGUGGCGGGAGAGGAGGAGGAAGACGCGGAGUUGGCGGACGGCGCAGAGUUGGAGGAAGACGCAGAGGAAGCCGAAGAGGAGACUAGGAAGGAAGCUGGCGAGGAAGAGGGAGAGGAAGGAGAGGAAGAGGAGGAUGUAGAAGAGCAAGAGGCCCAGGAGGAAGAUGAGCAGCCAGUUUCUGAGGAGGAGGAUCAGGCCGGUUCUGAGGAGGAAGAGGAUUUGAUAAUCUCUGAGGACGAAGAAGAACUGCGAGAGCUUGAGGAGCCAGAGGAGCCGCAGAGUGAGGAAGAAGAGGAGGCCCCAGUAACUGAGGAGGAAGAAGAGGAGGGAGCAGAUGCAGAGGAUGAAGAAGAUGAGUAGUCUACCUGGCAGGAUUUUUGCCUCUUCACACACUUUCAAGCUAGGCGAACCCCCUCCGCCCCCUCCUGCCCCUCCAAUGAAGUGCUUCCGGACCCUUUCCCAAGACCUCGCCCAUGGGCACUGCCCACUAGUAACCAUCCACCAUCUGGCUGAACAGUGUGCCCCCUGCCAAACGCAUCGUCUCUCUGCACCUCUGCCUCCCUGCCACCAGGGGGCUCCCCUCAAUUCAGCAAUUAUCUGACUUUUAUUUUUUACUCUGUAGAGGAGUAGAGGAUGUGUGUUUUUUCGUAACUGUUAAUAUAGAAUCAUAGGGAAGUGUUAACCACUGCUUAAAGUGUCUUUUCUAGAAUUUUUAAAAACAAUUUAAGACCUGAAGUGAAAACAGUUGAACAGAUACAUGCUUGAAUAUACAUACACUUUGAUGUGCAUUUAAUAUGUCUUUCACAAUGUACUGCAAAGAUUUUGUAGAUACUAGCCAUUGCUUUAGAGACACCCAGAGCUUGAUUUAAAAUGACAAAUUUAAUUAACACAAACUAAAUUUGUUCACGUAACGCAACUCACCGGAAACACACUGUUGGAAAGAUGCUUUAAGGAGCCCAUAACAGUUCGAAAACAUGUGAAUGUCAAUGUGCCAGGUUUUGUACUGCGGUUUGAAUUAGAUUGAAAUUGUUUGGUACCUUAUCUCUGAUCCAACCUCAUCCAGCUAGCCUGUUCUUCCAGGCUGGCUGUGAAAUAUAUUGUAUUUUUUUGUGUGUGCUACUGCUCGGCGCGCUUCUGUGAUUGUUACCCUGCACUUUUCCAAAAUGAAAACAUACGACAUCCAAUGUAUGGUCAUCUAAACACAUCAAAGUAUACUGCAUAUAUAAAAAAAAUAUCAAUUAUUGACAGUUUCACAUAUGCUAAUAUUCACAUGUGAAUAGAUUGUAAAAUUAUAUAUAUAAAGAAAAUAUUUAUGCAUUCAAUUGCAUGUCUGAAAACGACAAUAAUGGAUAUGUUUUGCCAUAUAUCAUAUAAUUUUGACAUUUAAGAAAAAACCAUACAUUCUGAAAUAUCACAUACUAUCCUGUAAUAAUCCAAGAACUCUGAUGACUGAAAAAAGAAAAAAUGUGAAAUGCCUAAAAAAAGAUUUUUUUAAUGGGACCUCUCAGGACUGUCUCCAAAAAAAAAAAAAAAAACUUCAUUCUCAUAAAACUGUGCUCUGGCCUAUGUUCAACUCAACUUUGUGCUCUUCUGUAAAGGUUAACUUCCAUUCUAACCGUGCACUUCUAGCACUGUAAAAUGGGUCAGAAUGAGUCUAAAUAACUGCUCGUUUGCAAAAAAAAAAAGAAAAAGAAGUAAAAUCACUAAUAAAGAUUUGAGUGACAUAGGAGGA